GUUACAGCGAACACCAGCUGCUCUCCGCGCCGGGCGCCGCUGCUCCGCCAGCGCUGCCGCCCUCGCCUGCCACCCGCCCGCCGCCCGCCCGCCGCCCGCGGCCCUUCGCGGCUCGGCGGGCCUCCCCUUUGUCCGGCCCGGCCCGCCAAGCAACGAGGUCCCGGUCCCCGGGCCGGCUGCCCGCGGCGCUCGGUGCCGGCUGGGCGCUCAGGGGGCGGGGGCCGCGACUUGCCCCCCGCCGAUGAGCCGCAGCGGAGCGCGGGCGGACGAUGGAACUCCACAUCCUGGAGCACCGGCUGCAAGUUGCCAGCGUCGCCAAGGAGAGUAUCCCGCUCUUCACCUACGGCCUGAUCAAACUUGCCUUCCUGUCCUCCAAGACCAGGUGCAAGUUCUUCAGUCUGACUGAGACACCGGAGGAUUACACCAUCAUCGUUGAUGAGGAGGGCUUCCUGGAGCUGCCCACCUCAGAGCACCUGAGCAUGGCGGACGCCACCUGGCUGGCCCUCAACGUGGUAUCAGGCGGUGGCAGCUUCUCCAGUUCCCAGCCCAUUGGCGUAACCAAGAUCGCCAAGUCAGUUAUCGCCCCGCUGGCUGACCAGAACAUCUCCGUGUUCAUGCUCUCCACCUACCAGACAGACUUCAUCCUGGUGCGCGAGCGGGACCUGCCCUUCGUCACCCACACCUUGUCGUCAGAGUUCACCAUUCUGCGGGUUGUCAAUGGGGAGACAGUGGCAGCUGAGAACCUUGGCAUCACCAAUGGCUUUGUGAAGUCCAAGAUGGUCCAGAGGCCUGUCAUCCACCCACUGUCCAGCCCGAGCAACAGGUUCUGUGUCACCAGCCUGGACCCAGACACACUGCCUGCUGUAGCCACACUCCUUAUGGACGUCAUGUUCUACUCUAACGGGGUGAAGGACCCCAUGGCUGCCGGCGAUGACUGUGGCCACAUCCGCUUCUUCUCCUUCUCCCUCAUUGAGGGCUACAUCUCCCUGGUGAUGGACGUGCAGACCCAGCAGAGGUUCCCUAGUAAUCUGUUGUUCACAAGCGCUUCUGGAGAGCUGUGGAAGAUGGUGCGGAUUGGAGGACAGCCCUUGGGAUUUGAUGAAUGUGGCAUUGUGGCGCAGAUCUCCGAGCCCUUGGCUGCUGCAGACAUCCCCGCCUACUACAUCAGUACUUUCAAGUUCGACCACGCACUGGUACCAGAAGAAAACAUCACCGGCGUCAUCAGCACCCUGAAAGUCAGCCAAGCAGAGAAGCAUUAGGAGGGCCUCUUCCACUCCCCCAGCCCACCCGCCAGGCCUGGGGUCCAGCCCCACCCUGAAGAUUCUUAUCGCAGUAUUUCUCACAGACUGGAAAAUCGGCCCUGGGGCCCCCAAAGAAGGGCCCUCUGGGAGUCACCCCCAAUUGCGGACCCUGCCAGGUCUAGGGCCGAAGCCAAGGCCUCCCCAUGUCCCCUGCCUUUCUGGACCCCCAGACCCUCCAGAGAACCCCCACCUCCUGCCUCCACAGCUACCCCAGAAGAUGGCUGAGGCCCAGAGAGCUUGUGAGCUGACCCACCUUCACAUCCCUCCUUGCGCACAGCAGGGGGCAGGUGCAGAAGGAAGCCGGCACCUCCUACAGGACACUGAGGUUCUGAUUCUCAGGUCAUCUUAGGGGGCUGGCCGAGCAGGGCUGAGCUCAUGGAUCCCCAGGAGGCCCCCGUGAGGGCAGGGGCUGGAUACUGUGGUUGCUGGCCUCGGUCCAUCAGCUCGGGGCUGGUUCCCACAGAGUGGAGGCCAGUGGGGGCCCUUGGCUCAUGUGCUGGUGAGGCUCCCACCAGCAUAGGUGGGGCCGGGAGCUGGGGAGGACCUGUGCCACCCAGAACCUCACCUGCCAACCACAGGGCCUGCGCCCUGACUCCCAGCAAGACUGCCAAGGUGCCCUGUCCAGACCCUCCCCAGUACAAGCACUCCUGGGUAGGGAUUCCCAGGACACCCACCAGCCUGGGGCACAAGCUGUCCCUUCUGCUUUCCCUGGACCCUACUCGGGCAGGUGGAGCCUCGGUUUCCCCCAAGUGGGAAUAUCCCCAGCAUUCUGGGCCUGGGGUUUCUUAGGUCCCCCCACCUCCCCAGCAGUUGACUAGACCAGCACAGGACUCCCCCGUUGUCCUGUCCCCUCCCCUGCCCCACCUGUAGGGGAUGUGGAAGGCCUCUGCCCCCAACUCACCUGUCCGCCCGCCCCUCAUUCUGGGGACUGUGGCAUUCAUGAGUACUUGACCUGGGAGGCAGCAUAUCUGAGCCUUAAUAGAGAAAAGCGUACCUUG